AAUAUUUUAGAAUAAAUAUGUGUAAUGUAUAGUUUCUCGCUCCAAAGUUGUUAUGAUAUCAUGGUGACCUGCAAAGUUGAUUUAGGUUGUAGAAACCAAGUGCCUUUCUAAACUGUCAGUUUGUUUUUAAAACUGAAUUAUUUGAUCUAGUCGCAAGACAGAUUAUAAAAUUAAUUUGAGUCGAUAUUAUAACAAAAACUGAAUGUUGACUGGGCAUUUAGGUGAAGAUUUCCUAUUUCUCAAUAUAUUGGUUUGAAAUGCUUGUAGGGCAGUGGGCAGUUAUCUUAUCAGAGUUAAGUCAGAUAUCAAUAAGUUUGACGCUAGGUAUAGCUAUUCUUAUUCGGAAAACAUUUACAAAUUCUGAGAUACACUUGUGCAUUUUGUAGUAGAUUUAAUCAAGUGACAGUGACUGAGGUCUUUAAAUGUUUUAUUUACAAACAAAACAGUCACAACAAGGACUUAGAAUCAAAAAGUUUCAAUGCCAAUUAAGACAUGGUGAUAAAGAUGAUAAACACAGGAUAAAUUCUUUGUGUCAUGCAGAUUUAAUUUGUAAUCAAUAAAUUGUAUAUAAAAUGGAGCAUUCGGAUUUGGUGGCCGAGAUGGCCCAGGUGGAACACCUCACCACACAGGAGAGGCUCCACCUAGCACGAAGACGACGAAUGCAGCAGCUAAAACUAUGGCAGCAACGAGAGAAAGAAUGGUUGCGAUCACGAGCGAAACGGGAGAAGAGCAACAAGCGGAGUAUAUACUUUAGUGAUAGCGUGAUGUUGCUGGAAGCUGCCGCCAGAAACGAUAUAGACGAAGUGCGGCGUUUACUGUCUCGAGGCGUGACGCCGGACGCGACGAACGAGGAUGGCCUGACGGCGCUGCACCAGUGCUGCAUCGACAACAACGAGGCCAUGAUGCGGCUACUGCUCGACCAUGGCGCCAACGUCAACGCCGAGGACAGCGAGAAGUGGACGCCGCUACACGCCGCCGCCACCUGCGGGAACCUCAACCUCGUCCGGAUCCUCAUACAACGGGGAGCCAACCUCCUCGCAGUCAACGGCGACGGGAACAUGCCCUACGACAUAUGCGAAGAAGAACGGACACUAGACGCGAUAGAAAGCGAAAUGGCAGCUAGAGGUGUUACUCAAAGGUUAAUAGACGACACACGAGCUUCUACCGAAAUGAAAAUGUUGAGGGAUGUCGAUGAACUAGUGAAGGCAGGGAUGGAUUUGGAUGAGCCAAGGGAUAAUCAGGGUGCCACACUUUUACACAUAGCGUCAGCGAACGGUUACAUCAAGGUGGUGGAGUACCUGCUGGAGCACCGCGCGUCCACGGACGUCGUCGACCACGACAUGUGGCAACCGGUACACGCCGCCGCCUGCUGGGGACAUUUGGAGGUUCUAGAACUGUUAGUACAAUAUGGAGCUGAUCUCAAUGUGAGAAAUAAACACGAUGAAACGCCAGCAGAUAUCUGCGAGGAGGGUGAGCUACGUGCGCGUAUAUUGCGUCUGGCGGCCGACCAGGAAGAGCUGCGACGUCACGCGGCCGCCGACCGACUGCGUACAGCGCGCCGGUCCUCGUCCAGCGCCAGCACUAGCCGCAGGGUCCGGUCGGUGCGCCGCACGUCACUACGAGAGAAGCAGCUCACUGCCAAGGCGGACGUACGGGGCGAGGCACGACUCCGGGAGACCUUCGACUCCGCCGUCGAUGAUGAGUUGCAGGGCCUAUCAAAUGGCGUGGAAAACGACCAGAACACUGCGAACCUACAACCGCUGGAGUUGUCACACAAGCGGCUAUCGAACAGUUCCACCACCUCCAACCAGAGCUACGACUCCACCGGCGAGUACGCCGUGCCCAAACACUCGUACAGCCAGCGCGGCGGCUCGCAGCGCGCCAGUGACGUCAGCGACCUGUCCGACCUCGCGCCCUCGCGACACCACAAGAUCUCCAACCCACUGUUCGGGGUCAACGCCGCCUCGCACUACGCGCCCGGCGCUCUGCCUGCGCCCGCGCAACACGAAGCCGUCAACGAACAGAGCAAACAUUACGAAAGGACGAGCUUACCCAACGGUGUCAGAAAGGCGCCCGAGGGACAGGACAAUGAGAUUAUCAAAAAUGAGGACGCGAUAGACGGUAGGAAAGAACUGGUAGUGAACCCCAACCAGAUCGCGAUCACUGAAGGCGGCACAGCGACCUACACCACAGACAAUAAUGGUAAAAUCAAUGUUCAUGUCACCGUCAUGAUUAACGCAGGAACUCUCGCAGAUUUGAAAAAGCAGCGAUCUCAGAUUCGAACAAACGGUAGUCCGGUGGAGAGCAGCCUGACGUCGACGAACAACCACAGCCUGAACUCUCUGUCGGAGGUGUCGAAGGCGGACAUGCCGGUGCAGCUGAACCCGCUCAGCCUGUCGCCCAGCGCCGCCAGCGUGCCGCGCUUCUCCGGCAACACCAGCGACGUCGUCGGCGACACGCGCUCGCGGCGCUGCUGUAUCAUCAUGUAAUUACAAUACUGCACCGACCUCGACGGUAAGCGUACAAGUCUGAUUGUCAUUCCAAAACCAAUUUUCAAAGGCUUUUGGACCACUCGCCCGGUUGACUUUCACGUUGACUUCAAUCCUAAGAAUUGUGAUUAUGGCUCCAGAGAUUAUUAAAUAGGAGAAGAAAAGUACAUUUAUGUUUGUUUGCCGCGACUGAAAUAUUGAGGUUGUCGGUCGGAAGUCAAUGGACGAGUGGCGAGUCCGGUAGAGAGAAUAUAACGUAAUAUAUUGAAUGAUGCCGAUGGAGUAUUGCCAUGUUUGCUCACAAAGCAAGGGCUUGCCAAUGGCUGGAAAACAGUGUGAUAGAUAUAUAAGAGCUCAACAAUUAUUGUAUUUUAGCAUUAAGAAAACUACGCGGUUGCUAAUAUUUUAUGUAGUGUUAGAAGUGAAUCCUAUAUUGCAGUUAUUGUCAUAUAUUUAAGUAUUGUAUUAUAGUUCUUGUCUUAUAUUUCCUGAACAUUCCAUUAUUCAAUUAUAUUGUUGAAAUAUUUAAUUUAUUGUAAAUAAUUUAAUUUCAUUGUAAAUUUGUAUGUUACAGUAUUCUUUGAAUGUUUCCAAUUAUUAUUUAAUGUUACAUAGAAUGCAUAAUAAGCAUUUGGAACAGAACAAACCAUGUAUCGCAAUAAUGAUCGUAUCGAUUGUUCAGAAGUGCCUCUAGUAUUGGUCUAUAAUGCUGCUAUGUAUGACAUAGUAUAAUUUAAUUACUAAAUACGAUUUAUUUAAAACAAAACUAAUAAAUUAUUUUAAUAAUAUUAAGUAAAUAAUAUAUAACUUGCGGAGACGAAAGUGAAACCUUAUUUAAUAUUUGUAGAACAGAAGUGUUGAGUAUAUCCUUAACUGAACCUAGCUGCGAUAACUGCCUUAGUUUCAUCGGACCACUCUAUGGCAAUAAAAUAAUAUCACUAGGGUUUAACAGAUAUAAACAUAGUACUUAAUAUGGAUAUACAUUGUAAUACGUACGGUACUUUCACAAUUUUAAUAAUUAGAUAAAUUAUGCCAUAAGUAAUACUAUUCCAAAUUAAAUUCAAAAUUGUAGUAUAAAUAAAUCAUUAAAUUAUAUAAUAAAACAUCUAAAUUUCUAAUGACUUGUCUACUAAAAAUAUAAAACUAUAAGUAAUGGAAUUUCUAAUUGUUUAGUAUUUCAACUAAUUGAACUGUUUGAGUUACAAUUUCAAAUAAAGACUGGAUUUGUUAUGUAGGUUUUAUAUUUAUUAGUAGAAUACUAUCGGCAACAUGUGCUACUACAAUCGAUUAUAAUAACUAUGAUAUCCUGUUAGGUAUUGGUCGAUCGAUUAAUUAAUUUCAUUUAUUUGUCAAAUAGCAAAAUAGAGAUGCAAACAUUUCCACUGAGAGAGAUGGCUGGCCAUCUCCAAACGGACCGUUUAAGGCACUUAUAAUGCAUGCAUCUGAAAUAUUAAAUAUUGUUGUUAUUUCAACAAACAAUGUAAUGUACUGGGACUUUGAAAAAGGUUUUAGACUUUAGAGAAAGAACAGUAAUUAAAUGUUAUAAUCUUGUAGUAACGCAUGCGUACUGAAGUUUGGUUUAAAUUCAAAAUACAGCUGUUUGUUGACAAAGUGAGGGGGCCACGGCAUUCGUGCUGGUAGUUUGUUUUACCAUCCAUAGAUUACAGUGACGCACGGACAGUUUAACUUAUGACAUGUCGCCUAACGCCUACAACAAAAUUACUAUAAGAUACCGACCAUCUUGCAUCGAAACUAAGACUUUACUGUCGAUCUAGAUGUGUAUUAACAGUCAACACUUUACAAAUCCUAAUAAUCUUCACAAAAAUAUCUUGCCUAAUGUGAUUACUAGAUGUCGCUAGUCGCUAAUUAACAACCUUUUGUUUGAAUUCAUAAAAUCAAUGCGUCAAUUGUUACUACACAUAUAUAAAAUAUCAUACUGACUAGAAAAAUAUUAAAA